UCGGGGGUGAAUGCACAGACAUGGUAUGAAGUGGUGGGGGAUAGUCAGUUCUCCCUCACAAAUAACAAAUCAUCCCCCACUCUUGUAUGCCACUCCUCCCUCACUCCCCUCUCCCCCAUUAACCUGCGAGUCAUUGCCUUUGACCAACUCGACAUACACUACUGGUCAUUCAUGGACAUUGCCAUCACAUUCAACUCCUCCCACAACACUCCCAUUCAGUUCUACGACGUCAUCCUCAAAAAAGUCCCGGGAAACAGAAAUAAAGUGCUCACAAUCCAACCCACGGACGGGGAGAUCGCAGAAUAUGGAAGACCGACGUACCCAACACGCGUCUAUGGGAAAUUUUCGGUGUCAUAUGACGGAGAGAUUACACAGUUCGGCACAUAUACAGUGUUGAAUGAUGUAUUUGAUGUGGAUGUGAAAUACACCAACAGCAACAGAGUGGGAGUGUAUACAAUCCAAGUGGAGACGAUUGAAGAGAAGAAGGUCACAUUGAAAUGGGCGAAUGCUGGGAGUUCGUCUGUUUUAGAUGUGACAAAGAAGACAACUUUAAUAGACCGAUUGAGUGUGAGUGGGGGAGUAGAUGUGGAGUGCAGUACUAAUUCGGAGACUGUUGUGUUGUCGAGGGUUUCAAGUAAUGAGUACAAUCUGAUACUCCUUAAUUAUUCGAGUGUCCUCCCCACAAUUAGUGUCAACGUAAGUUGUGUGGUGGUGGAGGACACUGAUUGUUCUCGAAUGUUGCAUCCACGUCAAAAGAUAUAUACAAUUACUGUACAGAUUAUGCCUAAAGAUUACAAUCCCACACCACAAUUAUUGAAAAUAUAUGAGAAUAUGCCCAUUCAUACCGAUGUUUAUAUUGGAAUUACUGAAGAUUGGAGAAUAACAGACAAUCCAAAUUUUAGUGAUCAAUCAUUUAAUAAAAGUUUCAUAUCUUCAAAGAGGUUAUUUGACCAAGAAAUCGAAAAGGUUGUUGAUGCUGAGCUUCGCUUACCAAAUAAUACUUAUAUCAAUAAAACGAUUGAAAUUAUGGACGUGAAUGACAAUUCUCCAGUGUUUACAAACAAGACAUGUUCUGUCAUUACAUUGAGAAAUACUUCUCCCGGACAAUAUUUAACAAAUGUAUUUGCUGAGGAUGCUGAUCUUGGAAUGAACGGAAAAAUCAAUUAUAAAGUCAUUUCAGUAACGAAUAUGAAUGAAGACAUUGGAAGCUGUGAUUCAAAAACAAACUUCGCGAAUAAAUUUAAAAUUGAUCCGAAUUCGGGACAGUUAUACGUAAAUCAGAUCAUUGAAAAUGCGGGAUAUCUUCUUCUUAAUAUACAAGCUACUGACUCGGGGUCACAAAAAUUAUUUGCCAAUAUUCGCUGUCUUGUUCACGCGGUCGAUUUGACGUCUAUUUUUGAUUAUUCAUUCAACGGGGGUAGUGCAGUGCAGCAUCAGAAUAUUAAGUUGUCACAAAUUCAACUUGGACAAACUUUUUUGAAGAAUACAGCUACUUUGUGGAGUUAUUUCUUCGACGAUUUUAUAUUUACAAUUCCCGAUGAUUCCUUGCGGUAUUUCAACGUUGAUCCUUAUUCCGGAAAUGUCAGUUACGUUGGAGAAAUUCAACCGUCUUUGACAAACAACUAUACUUUGACGAUAACUGCUUUCUCACGAAAGCAUGUUUACCUGAAAUAUAAUUUCAGUGUAAAUUUGUUAUCGCAAAGUUCUUCGACUGUUCAUCAAUCUGUGGACAAAAAAUAUAUUGCUAUCAUCGUCCUGCUUGUUGUACUUCUUACUGGUUUGGGCAUUUUUGUUGGUUUUCGUUACCGCAAAAAUAUUCUGUCAUUUAUGAAGAAAAAUGAGGAAUAUGCAACAAACAACGAAAUCUACGAAUGUCAAGAUGUUUACAACAACCUUUAA